CUUAAUACCGCAUUCCUUAUAUAUUUUACUCUAAAUCUUGCAUUGCGCUUAAUCCGGCGAUGUAUGAUUGCAUGUCUCCCUUUAAUCAUUUGCGAUUAAACGCUUGUGUAACGUAUCAUAAGCACGAGCGGAGGUCUUGUUCUUUUUUUGUUGUAAUUCUCCAGCGUGUCUGUUUGAAAUCGAAAUAAGCACAUAAUGGGAUAUGGAUCAACAACAAUACAGAGAACUUAUGUGACGCUACUUGUUGAUUUAGUACAUACCGCUGUGCACUCUCGCAAGUUAGACAAAUUAAGUUCAAGGAUAAAAUACCGUUCUAUAACCGUUUCAGGCUGUUCAUUGACUGGUUGGUUAUUGUAUUAUUUGCUGUAUUUUCUGAUGUGAAUUGUCCUGCAACAAGAAAAGGCCAUGACUUAUCCACAGCCCAUCGAUGUGAGGUUGGAUUCAGGUUGCAUGUAACUGCACAUUGACAGGAAACCAUCAAAGCCGAACAGUGUCAUAAUUGGUAGCCAUGGCAACACAAUUGGUCUCCUCCACUCUCAUCGUGCUCUUGGCUGCCAUGUUGCACCAAGCAACAGGAUGUUCUUGUGAUCGAAGUCCAAGAUUCUGCAUGUCAGACUUUGCUAUCAGAGGAACGAUUCUAGCUGUCCAACGCAAUGCCUUGACACAGGAAAAUUUGGUUUACAGCGUACAUGUACAAGAGGUGUACCGUAACUCCUCAAACAGCAUCGCGGUUAAUGGGACUAUUGAUAUCGAGAAUCCCGGCUACUCCUGCGGAGUGGAUGGUUUGAAGCCGGGUUCGACGUACCUGAUUUCCGGAUGUAAAUAUACUGACAUAGCACCAAUUAUAAUCUGAUGCCCGUGGCACACGAUGCGUUAAUCUUUUC